AUGCUGCAACAGAAGCUCACCCGCACCGUAUCCAACAUCUCGAAUGCUUCCAGGGCGAGCAAGAGCAGCAAGAAGGGUAGCAAGGCCGCUAGCAAGGCCAGUAGCCUAGCCGGCAGCAUAACCGGCACUCCCGACGAGGAAUAUGACAACCCACUGGAGAGCGUGUCUCGCUGGCGCCUGACCGCCAACGCCGUGGCCCUCCUCAUCAACUUUCACGGCGGAGGUUUCGUCCUCGGACAGGGCACCGACGAUGCACGCUGGGCUGGCGCCGUAGCGACCGCCCUCAACGCCGUUGUCUUCUCCGUCAACUACCGCCUGGCGCCCGGCUACCCCUUCCCCACACCGGUGGAGGACUCUGCCGACUCUAUCCUGCAGAUCGUCGCUCGUGCUGAAGAGUUCCGCGUUGACACCCAAAAAGUCUUUCUCUCGGGCUUUUCGGCUGGAGGCACGCUAGCCCUCGCCAGCUGGAAUAUUCUCCAGGACCCUGACAGGUGGGGUUACAAGUUUAAAUUCCCAGUCCCCGACAUAGCCGGCAUUGUCCUCUUCUAUCCACUCUUGGAUUGGACUAUGACAAGGCCGCAGAAGCGCCAGACAUGUGGGAGGCCAGACAUGACCUUGCCCAAAAGCAUGACCGACCUUUUUGAUGCAUCCUAUGUAUACCCUCCCCGACCAAGGUCGGAACGCGGUGAUCCCCGUCUCUCGCCAGGUCUCAUGACAGAUGAGAUGAUAGAUCGGCUGCCACCCGUCCACCUGUGCAUGUGCGAGUACGACAUGCUCCUAUUGGAAGGCCAGAGCUUCGCCCAAAGGGCAAGAUCCCGAGGCCGCAGGAUCAGCACACGUGUUGUCAAGGCCGAAAAGCAUGCCUGGGAUAAGCCUCCACCGUUCACGCCAAAAGAGUCAGUCAUGAUCGAGUACAACGAGGCCAUCACGGCCGUCAAGGAAUGGAUGGAGAACCCCGACCCGAAGCUUGGAUGA